AUGUCGCGCGUCGUCGCCCCGGGCGACGUCCUUCGCGACCGCGGCGUCGCGCUCGAGGGCGCGCGCGUGGACGCGCUCGGACGCGUGCGCGCGACGACGUGCGGACGCGCGGUCGAACGCGACGACGGGGUCGGGGUCGAGCGCGCGCGCGGCCCGCUCGUGGUCCCGCGCGUGGGCGACGACGUCCACGGACGGGUGCUCCGGGUGCUCGAACGCGCGGCGCACGUGGACAUCGCCGCGAUUAAUGGUCGAGCGCCCGUGGGUGGGGGGUUCGCGGGGACGAUUCGGAGACAAGACGUGCGGGCGCACGCGGUGGAUUCGGUGGAACUCGAUCGGUGUUUUCGGGCUGGGGACGUCGUGCGGGCGAAAGUGUUGUCGUUGGGCGAUGCGCGGUCGUUUUAUCUCACCACGGCGAGCGAUGAGUUGGGAGUGGUGCGAGCGACGCAUCGGGAAUCGGGGGAGACGAUGCUACCGGUGUCGUGGACCGAGGUGCAGUGUCCGAUCACCGGCGAGGUGGAGGACAGGAAAGUGGCGCGAGUGGACGAGUGA